GUCUGUGUCUGGGCUGCUCCCUCUGCUGUUGUUGCUGCACACUGCGUCAGACCGGGUGGGGGGGCUGAAGAGGUCUGCGGCGACGCUUCUGGUUGUAGGAUGGCGGGACAGCAGCGCCAAGGAUGCGGUAGAAAAGUUUAAAGAUGCGGCACAAAGCAGCGCUCCGUGCAUGGCGCAUUCCAGAUGCAUUCAGCUCCAGCCGCUUCUCUUCGGCCAGCUGGAUCAUCGGCCUCUGCGCCAACCGGUCCUCCUCCUCGGUCGCCCCACCUGCGUGAUCUGUGAGCCAGCUGGCAGGAUGAACUUCAAAAACAUGAGGGAGUAUUUGGCUUGGAUAUACUACCAGUACCUGCUCAUCACUGGCAUCUACGUCCUUGAACCAUGGGAGAAGUCCAUUUUUAAUUCUUUUCUCUUCUCUGCCAUUGCUAUGGUGGUCUAUACCUCAUACGUGUUUGUGCCCAUCCACAUGCGCUUGGCUCUGGAGUUUUUCUCCGGGAUUUUUGGUGGACAACCAGAAAGCACCAUGGCACUCAUGAACUAAGCAAAGGAAAAAGACCGGAAGAAGGAGUGGUUUGUAAAUCAUUUCCAUGUGACUAAACCUUUCUGUCUUCACUUUAACCACAAACUAGACAGGUCAUCACGACUGAAAACGUGACGAUCCUGCUGGAAUGAUCUGGAAGCCUUACCUACUACUUUUGGAUCCCACGCCCUCUCGCCUUGCCCAAUGGUAUUACACAACAGUGCUUUAAUUUACUUCCCUUGUGAAAUGUUUGGUUUUUCCUUUUCCUCGCCAUAUGUCCUGUGUGAGUGCAUACCACCUUCAGGUUUUGCAUGAUAGGACCAUAGAUGACAGGUGGAUUUGCAUGCUUGUGGUUAAAACAACUCACAGCUGUUCUUUUUCCUCCUGCUGGCUUCAAGCUGCAAACUUAAUUAAGAUAUUCCAGCAGUUUUGACUUUUAGUUUGAUGAGAGCUGGACAUUGUGGAAGAGACUGAGAUUUGAAAUUGAAGCAGCAAACUUUCUACAACCUUUUUACCCCUUUUUUUUAUCUUAUUGUGAUUGAAAUGGCUCUUCAUUACAGAUAACAUAUAUAAAACUCGUUUAUUGUUUGAUGGCACUUUUCAUAAAAGCCUUAAGAUAAAUUAAUCUUUUAUCGCAGUAGCCUAAUAUUAUUUUGUCUUUAUUGGACUACAUUCAUUAAAUGAAGCAAAAAAAAAAAAAA